CUUGGGUAUUGUAAACAUUGCCAACAAAAAGUCCGAGUUUACUAAGAGGCAGAAAAAAAAAAAGAAGAAAAAGAAGAAGAAAAUAUAGAGAGCAAUACAAGUAGCUAAAUUUGCUUAUAAUACUCAGUUCGAACCUCUCUGAAUAGAAAUUGCUGGGUUGUUUUGUUUCUAGUCACAGUAUUUUGUAACCAAAUUUGUUGCGCGGCGAUCAUAUCCUUUCCAUUUAGCUAACCACGUCAUCUCCGCGCCAGCCGAUCAAACCUCCUUCAACGUGGAGCUUAUUGCAUAGUAUACCUUAUGCGUAUACAGUUGAGAAACUUUCCCAAGCCAUCCUGACUAACCAAGACCAAAACCAAAUCUUCCAAAAAUAAAAUUAGAAACAAGGCACAACGGAGCUUCGGCUUUGAUCAUCGCCCUAUCCCGUCCCCGACCCCUAAAAAGCCUACAUAUUAGAGGGGCCAAAUAACCACACUUGAAUUGUAUUUUUUUCACUCUCUGUUCUCACUUUUGCUUACAGCCUUUUAGUCAUAACUCAUCCCAAGACGAGACAAGAUGCAGCAACUAUCGGGAACCUGGAACCUUAGCCAAGACCUCAUGGCCCCAAAAGGCUACGAGGCCAUCUGCCAGGGCGAGCCGUCCGACGUGGUCAACAGCAACGGCUACCACACCCUCGAGGACGACUUUUUAUAUGACGGCUGCGAGUGGGACGACUGCCGAAGCGGAAAGAGGACGCCCCCGCCCUCGCGCUUCAGCCUCGACGACGAGCGGGGGGAGGACGACGCAGCAGCAGCAGCAGCAGCAGCACCACAGCCGCCGCCGCCUGUGAGCCACCUCGAGUGGGACAGGGACUACUCCAACGCGUGGGACUAUGCAUCACUGGCGGACCAGGCGAGGAAGCGGAGCAGCACCGUUUCGAGCAGCGGGAGCAGCAGCACCGCCGGGGCGAGCAGCAGCGGCGGCGGCAGCAGCAACCCCAGCCCGGCCACCAAGGCGGAAAAGACGUUUGAUCGCGAGGCCGAACCGCAGAGCAGCAGUACCAGUAAUCGAAGGAGCGGCGGUGGAUUCUGGAGCUUUUUUGGCAGGGCCAGGGUGCAAGAGGCAAGCGUAGAGUCGUUGAGGGGGGCUUAGGCUUUGAUCGGUUGGGCUUUUUUCUUUUUUGCCACAAUUUUGUCAUGGGCUGGCUAGUCUAAUUGGUCCCCUGAUUUCUGAAUUUCUUUUGUUUGUUUGUUUUUUUGGGUUUUCUAAUUAGCGACUGGGGGCGUUCAGACGGUGUUCUCUUUGGGAGUGGGGUUUCUUUUUUUCUUCCUAUUUCUUUCUUCUUUUGGCGUUGGUAGAUUCCACCCCUCUUGUAACACUUCACUUUUGUACACUUCAUCUCUUUAGCCUGUCGGGGGGAAGAAAAGGGUGGCGGGGGGCGUUCUACUUUUGACAUGAUGCCUCUCUUGGUCGGCUUUAAUGUCAUUACUUUUUUGCAUUUACAGCCCAAAACUCGAUGAGAUGUCUUUGUGUGUAUUCUUGAUUGUGUCUUGUGUGACAAAUGUAGCGGUACAGCUGAGAAAAAAAAAAGUCCAUAAAAAAUAUCUACAUUCCACGCCGACACUGGGUAUGACAAGGCUCACCAGGAGCUUUCAUGAUUAUUAAUUUCAAUGAUCUUGCACGA